AAGGAAUUCAACGAACGCCAUGAGCCAUAGUUGAGUCAGUCUAGUGCAAAAAGGGAGUGUGUAGUUAAAAUUUGCCGAAAGUUCUGCGUGAUUUGAUCGAGCACUCCUGAGAUAAAGGUUCGCCAUGUCUUCAGCUGGUUCCAGCGGUACCGGUCGGGGACGAGGAGGUGCAGCCGUCGGGGACCAGAAGCCCGAGAAUAAGGAGAGCAAACCUAAUCCGAAAAUACCGAAAGUUCUCUGCACCUCCGCCAAAAGGAUCCAAAAGGAACUCGCCGAAAUCACCUUAGAUCCGCCACCAAAUUGCAGCGCUGGACCCAAAGGUGACAACUUCUAUGAAUGGGUCUCCACCAUACUCGGGCCACCGGGUUCCGUAUAUGAAGGUGGCGUGUUUUUCCUAGAUAUUCACUUCUCACAUGAAUACCCCUUCAAGCCACCGAAAGUGACCUUUCGCACCAGGAUCUAUCAUUGCAAUAUAAACAGCCAGGGCGUCAUCUGCCUAGACAUUCUCAAAGAUAACUGGUCACCAGCAUUGACAAUUUCCAAAGUCUUGCUUUCCAUUUGUUCCCUGCUAACAGACUGCAAUCCAGCGGACCCGUUGGUGGGAAGCAUAGCCACUCAGUAUUUGCAAAACAGGGAGGAACACGAUCGCACAGCCCGGCAUUGGACUAAACGGUAUGCUACGUGAUCGCCCCAAACUCGAAACCACCCCCACAGAUCGUUUAAUUCGAUUCUCUCUCCACCGCCCCUCAUCCAAUCAUCUUACGUAUAUGUAUGUAAUUAGAGGAAAUUGUUUCUCGACGUAUGUAAGUUUUUCUCUCAACAAAAAAUAUAUAUACGACUUCCCCACGCCCACAUGUAGUUCAUAGUCCAGGAAAACCAAUGCAGACGUUUUUUAAGUUUCCUUUCUUAUUAUAUUUACUUCGGCUACGAUCAUUCCUCCUCGUAAUACUAUACUUCUUAAUUCUUAUUAAUAUAGUUGUUUUUUUUGUGAGGGCACUAAGUAUAAGUUCCUGAGAUUUAUUAUACACGCUUUUUUUUAUUAAAUCGUAAUAAGUGUGGUGUUUCCCCCCGUUAACAUUUUUUUUUUGUCAAAGUAUCAAAUCCGGAUUCUCAUCUGGUUUACUCUGUAAAUAGACUCGUUCGUUUGGACUAAGUUGAUUAGCUACAUUAUUACAUGUAUUCGAUAAUUUAAGUUGUAUAUUCACUCUCUCUUUCUGUAUACUUGUUUCAUAUUAUAUUUUUUCUUCGUCCUUUCAAUGUUUGAACAGAACAAAGGAAAUCAUAUCACACAAGGUUCUCAGUUAUUCAAUUGUCUGUAUGUCGUUCGUUUGUUUUUCAUCUAUAACUGCAUUUACAGGAGCAAUCGAAACUGCACCAUCGCUGCAUCUCCUGUAUCUGUACAUAAAUAUUAUUAUUAAGAUUGAAUAUAUUAAAAUAUAUAUAUAUACAUAAUAUAUAUUAUACAAUAAGAUAUUUCUUGUGUAUAUGAUUCGAUGUUGUAUGUGCAGAAAGUAAUAGUCUUAUUAUUAAAUUGGAGAAAGUGCGAAACAGAAGAAAAUAAACUAUAUGUGGAACUGCA